AUGGCCUCCAAUCACACCAUGGCUAAUCCCUACAAGAGUUGUGUCCAAGUCACCGAUGACUGCCCGGUCCAGGCCACCGUCCUGGGCUACUAUCCCAACCUGGGAUCCGGCUACUUCUUUACCGUCAUGUUCGGCCUCUGCCUCAUCGGCACCGUCGUCCUUGGCAUCACCAAGCGCACAUGGACCUAUACCGCCGCCCUCACCUGUGGCCUGAUACUAGAAACCGCCGGUUACGUCGGCCGCAUCCUACUCCACUCGAACCCGUGGAACGAAGGCGCCUUUGAGCUGCAAAUCUGCACAAUCAUCCUCGGCCCGACGUUCAUCUGCGUCAGCAUCUACCUCACGCUCAAGCACGUCGCCCUCGCGCUCAACCCGCGCCUGUCCCGCCUCCCCGCCGCCUGGUACCCGCGCAUCUUCCUGCCCGCCGACGUCUCCUGCCUCAUCGUCCAGGCCAUUGGCGGCGGCAUCGCCGCCGCCGCCGGCCACGACAAGCCCAAGCUGCAAAAGACCGGCAACCAGGCCAUCAUUGCCGGCGUCGCCCUGCAGGUCGUCGUGCUCGCCGUCUUUGGCGCCCUCGGCCUCGACUACCUGCUCCGCGUCGCGCGCUGGAUGCGCGGGCCCGAGGCGCAGGGCUCCGAGGGCUUGCGUGUCUGGCGCAGCCGCCGCUUUGUCAUUUUUCUCGCCGCCAUUUGUUCGGCCUACAUGGCCAUUUUUAUCCGCUGCAUCUACCGUAUCGCGGAAAUGGCCGGCGGCUGGGGUAAUCACAUCAUGCAGGACGAGCCCAGCUUCCUCGUUCUCGACAGCUCACUCGUCCUUGUCGGCAGCGCCCUUCUCACGAUUUUUCACCCGGGCAUCUUUUUCCCCCAGAUGCGUCACAACGCCGUCGCGCGCCGUCAGCAGCGCGCCGAGGAAAAGGCGAGCGCCAAGCGCGACGCCGCUUCGGCCGGCGGCAACGAAACGGACGAGACCCGGAUCCCCGCUUCGACGGGCCCUACUCCUCCCGAAACGACCAGCAAGGAACAGGUCUAG